AACAAAACAGUAUUAUUUUCACAGUCCAUCAGUCAUAAUUUACCUAUACCUAUACAUCUGUUCACAAGGUAGAGUUCAAGUACACAGUUCAUAAUUUCUAAAUCAUCAGAAUCAGAGGAUUCCUUCUCUAAUGCUCGUCGUCGAAGACACUUUUCGACUGCAAAUUAUUUUCCAGCCAAGAAUUAAAGAGUAUUAGAGACACCGUUACGUUGGGUGCAGAUGCCCACUUUGCAUGCUACCCCAUGGCGACUGGUGAAAGCAUGUCACAUGACUCAUGGUGCCAGACUUCAGAGUUGCACUCUUAAGUGGCCUGCCAACUGCAGAGGGGGGCAGAGAGGCUUCCUUCUUCUCUGGACUCACAUCCAUGCCAAACCAGCGGGUCAACAUUGUCCUCUACGCUGCCUCCUAUGCCUCUUACACCUCCUGCUGAGCCGGACCCGGAACUAAAGAUGAACUGGGCAUCAUUUUAUGCUGUCAUCAGCGGUGUGAACAGACACUCCACAGGCAUCGGUCGCAUCUGGCUUUCUGUCCUGUUCAUUUUCCGUAUCCUGGUUCUGGUGGUUGCAGCAGAGAGCGUUUGGGGUGACGAGAAGUCCGGUUUCACUUGCAACACCCAGCAGCCGGGUUGCAACAGUGUCUGCUAUGACCACUUCUUCCCCAUCUCCCACAUCCGCCUCUGGGCACUCCAGCUCAUCCUGGUCUCCACUCCUGCCCUUCUGGUUGCCAUGCAUGUGGCCCACCGCCGUCACGUCGACAAGAGGCUCUACAAACUAUCAGGGCGGACCAACCCCAAAGACCUGGAGCAGAUAAAGACCCAGAAGAUGAAAAUCACAGGGGCUCUCUGGUGGACGUACGUCAUCAGCCUGUUGUUCCGUAUUGUCUUUGAGGUCACCUUUAUGUAUGUGUUUUACAUGAUCUACCCUGGUUACAAGAUGAUCCGGCUGGUAAAGUGUGACUCGUACCCCUGUCCCAACACAGUGGACUGCUUCGUGUCGAGGCCCACAGAGAAGACUGUCUUCACCGUGUUCAUGUUGGCUGCGUCAGGGGUCUGUAUUCUGCUCAAUAUCGCAGAGGUGGUCUUCUUGGUGGGGAAGGCCUGCAGUAAGCAUUUAAACAAUGCUGGAGACUCGACUAUGGGGGCUUGGAUCCAGCAAAAGCUUUGCUCGUACUAACCAAACUCAUACCUGCACAAAGGGACAUAUGUAAGUGACCUAAGAUCCAGGUAACAUCCAUUAAUUUAACUUGCAAGUAAGGUGCAUAUAAUAUACUGUACACCGAAGUUUGGCAUGGUGAUGAGUAUGAUCUCAGUGACAAAACAUUUGUUGCCAACGUGGGGAAAAAAUUAGUGUACAGACUACACGUUCACACCAGCGUGUUCUCACCAGACUUAAAAUAAUGACCAAAGACUACAGCAGCACUUUGUACUGACAUAAUAUAACAGCUUGAUGUUAGGCCAAAUAAAGAUCAGUGAAGUAACGCUAUGAAGCAAUAUUCAAACUGACCCCAUUAUAGGUUUUUAUUGUCAUGGAUUUGUUUUGGUUUUGGUCUUGAAAUGAAAAUAUUAAAUCAUUUAAUGUGACGUAUUGUCACAUGCUUUUUAAAAUUGUCAGAUAGUGUCAGAAAAGUGUGCCGGAAAUACAAUGUAGUAAUCUUUGGGCCAUUUUAAGUUAUAAUAUUUAAUUAUUUACAUUAAAAAUGUUUUUGCUUGAAUCACCAUGAAGUUAAUCUAAUGGAGAAUUUACAGCGUUUUUUACAGCUGUUAUUACUGAGUUGUUACUAAUACAUGGAAAACAUGUUGCAUUUCAUAAAUGUUAUAUGAUACUGUAUUUGUUUAAUACAGAUUAUUUAAUUUGGCAGUUAAAUGGUUCAUUCAGUUAUAAACAAAGCAAUAACUAACAGAAAAAAAACUUGAAUUUUUUUUUUUCCUGAAGUUGACUACUGAUUGCUAAACAUGUUAUUUAAAUGUAUUCAUUUUGAGGCUGGAUGUUUAUAUAUUGUCAGUACACAGCAGAAUAAAAUCAACCAGAGUUUG